AUGACGUACGGCGACGGGGGCGGCGGGCCGGGGGCGUACGGGGGCGGCGACGACGACAGCGAAGGGGGCAGCGACGACGGCGACGGGCGCGGGAUGCUGAGCUACUUCACCACCAACAGCCUGGUUAUUUUUCGCCUCUGCAUGAGCAGGAAGAUGAAAGAUGCCCUUGAAAUGAUAGAUGAACUGGUUGUGGAGAUGAAUAAUUUUCACUUCCUCCAACAUGCCGAGGCACCGACCAUUGAUCAUCCGCAAACACACUCUCAUGUAAAUGAAUCAGAGAUAGUUGGAAGGCAAAAUGACAAGGAACAAGUGAGGGUGAAGCAUCAUUUUGAGUUGGUCUUAUGGGUUUGUGUCUCUCACAAGUUCGUUAUUGAAGAAACCAUCCGAUCUAUAAUAGAAGUGGCCACCGUGGAACAAUGUGAUUUGACUCAGAUGGAGGCAUUGCAGAAGGAACUUUGUGGUGUUUUGGGCAACAAAAGGUACCUCCUAGUGCUGGAUGAUGUUUGGAAUGAAGAUGGACAAAAGUGGGAUGCUAUGAGAUCAUUGCUAAACUUACAUGCCGGCUCCGGAAGUGCUAUAAUUGUGACAAGCCGCAGCAAUCAAGUUGCUUCUAUCAUGGGCACACUUCCUCCACAUCAGAUAUCACUUCUGAAUGAGGAUGAAUCAUGGGAGCUUUUUCGCAGAAUCGCAUUUGGGAGGGAAGUGGAGAAGCAAGAGGAAUUGAUUUCAAUGGCUAAGUGUAUUGUGCACAAGUGUGAGAGAUUGCCCCUUGCUAUCAAGGCUACAUCAGCUUUACUUUGUUCAAAGAAUCACGGUCAGUGGGUUUCUGUUAUGGACAGUGAUGUGUGGAAGGAUGACAUCGUCACAACUACUGGAAUUGUACCUGCACUACAGCUGAGCUAUGAUCACUUGUCAUCAGAAGAAAAAAUAUGCUUUUCCUUCUAUGCUAUUUUCCCCAAGUACAGAUGGAUGGAUAAAGAGAUGUUAAUCCAGCUAUGGAUGGCAAAUGACUUUAUUGCAUCAGAAACAAGAGGCCAAGAAAUUUUUGAUGUGCUAGUUUGGAGAUGUUUUCUCUUAGAUGUGGAGAUUCAACGAGAUAACUUCAUGUACCAACCAACCACUUGCAAGAUGCAUGAUCUCAUGCAUGAUCUUGCUCACCAUGUAAGUGGAAAUGAUUGCUUCAUUCUGCAAGAAUCUUCAUCAUGUAAAGAAAUUCUGCAAGGAUGCACACAUGCUAGUUCAUUACAGCAUGAGGUUCGACACUUGACACUUGAUUAUAUCAGCAAUGAUACUAUUGCAGCCAUGAAGGAAAUUCUAGCUCCACGACCCCGCACGAUAUUAAUCCAGGAUAUAUCCAAGUCUCUGAGUAUGGCCAAGAAAAAAUCCAUGUCCUUGCGAGCAUUGAAUACACUCUCGAUCAAGAAAAAUUUGAUAAAUUUGAAGCAUCUUCGCUAUCUAGAUUGUUCUAAGUCCAAUAUUUCUACAUUGCCUGAAGCCACUACCAUGUUGUAUAGCUUGCAAACAUUGAAGCUCAUUGAUUGCAAAGAGCUUAAGAAAUUGCCAGAAGGCAUGAGAUAUAUGAGCAGUCUUCGGCACAUCCUCCUUGUUGGGUGUGAGAGUUUGAGCCGCAUGCCACGGGGUUGUGGAAUUGAUCAACUGAAAAAUCUGAAUCUAGGUGGUGGUCUUUCUUUGUCGGAGCUGAGAAAAGUGCAUAGUGCAGAAAAUGCUAAAGAAGGCAAUAUAUCCCCCAAGCAUAAAUUGAAACGAUUAUCACUCGAUUGGUAUGGCAAUAUAUCCGUCAGAAGUUAUGAAGAUGAAGUAGAUAGUAAUGCAGAUGAAAUAUUAGAGGCCCUUCGUCCUCACACAAAUCUUGAAUCUUUAUUGUUAAUUAGUUAUAGUGGUGCCAAAUUCUCAUCAUGGAUGCACAACCCUACACUGUUAGAGCAUAUCAGUGAACUUUCUCUGGGCUACUGCAAGAACUGCAAGGAUCUUCCACCAUUAUGGCAGCUCUCCUCUCUCAGGCUCUUGUCAUUGGUUAACAAUGGGGAAUCCUGUAUGUCCCCAACACCGUUCUUUCCUAAGCUGAAAAGCAUGAUAGUUUCCGACAUGGCUAAGCUAGAGAGAUGGUACCAGAAGGUGGAAGGAGAAGUAGCGGUUGUAUCAUUCCCUCAGCUCAAGAGGCUGCAUAUUUCUGAAUGCCUAAGGUUAGAGACACUACCGGAGGGACUCCUGCAGCAGCUCCCAGCCCUGGAGAAACUACAUAUCACAUACUGCCCCAACUUGAUGGGAGCCUUCUCAAGAGGUGGCGCCUGCUGGAAUUUGAUUCAAGCAAUUCCAAAUAAAUCACCGAAUUUGGCUCACGGACUUCCACGGAGACCCAGGUGCUAA